AUGACUCAAACAUGGCUGGAAGCUCUUUCGCGGCAAAUCAACAUCGAUGUCGACUACAUGAACCCAGCGUUCACUCUGAGUCUUCUACCAGUCAUCCCGCAAGACAUGACCAGCAACCAGGGCUAUGUACAUGAGGAGAUGUGCCACCCUGACAAUGAGAAAUUGUUUCGAGCUGUCGUCGAGGAGUAUAGGGGACAAGGAUGGCUCGCAAUUUACACACGCAUGGUCGCGCUGAUGUGUAAAGCGAAUAUUGAUAACAUCAAAGGCCGCGUGCUCGUUCAGACUCUGCCAACGGGGGCUUACGACACCGAGAAAACCCUCGAAAGCGCCCGUGCCUACGCCCGCGAGUUUGAGAAAGUCAGCAUCUCCAAAGACCGAUUCUGUAUCAAGAUCCCGUCCACUGGGCCUGCAUUGAGUGCCUGUCCUAUUCUCCUCACCGAGGGAAUUCGUACUCUUGCCACCGCCGUUUUUAGUGUGCAUCAAGCGAUUGCAGCAAGCCAAGCCGGCUGCUUGUACAUCAGUCCUUACUACAAUGACAUUUCCUCACACAAGGACCUGGCACUUUGGCCGAAAUCAGCGGACCCGGCGCUCCUUCAUCCAUUUUCUUCGCGAUUGAUCCAGAUUCUGGAGACGUACAAGCGACUCUACGAGGAAACAGGCAAGGAGCAACCAUUUGUCAAGCAUGCUGGCUUCCUCUCGCCACAAGAAGCAAUGGCGGCUGGUGAGAUCGGGUGCCAUUCGGCGACCCUUCCCCAUUAUGUGUUGAGGGAGCUUGCAAAGCUUCCCUAUGACAGCUCGCAGCAACCCGGUGAAGGAAUUCCGAAGCCAGUUCAUCCAUAUAUCGAUGCAGCUCCAACUCCUCUCCGCCUCCAAGAGAUUGCAAAGCUGGAUCCGCUGGCUGCCCAGACAUGGAACGGCAAGUUGGCAAGCGCCGAUAUCGAUUACCUCGCAGAUCAAGGGACCCUGCUGGACAAGGCGAAUGAUGAAGACCCGGAAACAAAGCGACGACUUCACGAGGCUCUAGAACACUUCACCAUGCUUGAGCGUCAAAGCCAGACUAAGAUAGAAGACGCGAUGAAGGCCGUCUGA